GACGGACCGAGCGAGGUUAUCAUCAUCAAGAGAAAACCGAGUGGUGGGGAGAUACCGGUUCGUGUUAUGUUACAUGCAUAGGGUAACAGUAACACGGCCAUUUACAAUGAGGAGGCGUGAGAUGUAGUGCCGUGAGGAGUCACCAUAGUCAGCAUCUCCAUCAUCAUCGGCGAGGAGGAGGAGGAGGAGGAGGUGGAUCGUCGAGGCUGAACGUGGAGGAUGCACCAUCACUGACCCACGGAUCGUUACCGGGAGGAGGGGAACGUAUCCGUCCCUUGCGGCGGACUAAUAUUAGCUUAGUUCGGGGGACCCCUCUGAUGUGAAGCCGCGGAUAUGGACUGGUAGGCUGGGGAGGAGGCGAACGUUUGCACACAACGGAGGAGAGAGCCCGAGGACGAGAAGGAGUAUAGGAGGAGGGAGGAGGAUGAAUCCGGUGGAUGGAAUAGGAGAAACGGGCCCGGACGGCCUGGCGACGGCAGGGUCCAGUAAAACAGAGUCCGUCCGGGCAGGUGACGUCCUGACAGUGCUCAGAGAGAAAGUGGCCUUUGUGUCUGGUGGACGAGACAAACGAGGAGGACCAAUCCUGACAUUCCCAGCUAGGACCAACCAUGAGCGAAUAAAACAAGAAGAUCUGAGUCGGCUAGUUACAUACCUGUCAACUAUUCCUAGUGAGGACGUGCGUGCUCGAGGGUUCACAGUGGUGGUGGACAUGCGUGGUAGUAAGUGGGACAGCGUGAAACCAGUGUUACGCACUUUGCAGGAGUCAUUUUCCUCUAACAUCCACAUCGCGCUGCUCAUCAAACCGGAUACAUUUUGGCAAAAACACAAGACCAACCUGGGCAGUGCAAAGCUCAGCUUUGAGACCAGUCUGGUGUCUGUGGAAGGUCUGUCCCGGUUAGUUGACCCCUCUCAGUUGACAUCUGACCUCGGUGGCUCUUUGGAGUAUGAUCAUGUGGAGUGGACAGAGCUGCGUCUGGGUCUGGAGGAGUUCUCAGGGGCUGCCACACAACUGUUAACCCAACUGGAUCAGCUGGAGGUUGGGCUGACCAGCAUACCAGAACCGCAGGAUGUAGAUGACUCCCGCAAAAUCCUCGAGGAACACAAUCGUCUCCGGAACACCAUCGCUACAGCCCCAGUUGACGCCCUUGACCGUGAGGGGAAGAGCUUGCUUCAGCGCAUGCGCUUGGGCCCCUCCCACGGGGACACAUUGAAUGAGAGUGGUGGCGGGAGCCAUGGCAGCUGGCUGUCUGGCGGGGCUGACUUUCAAAGCGUGGCGCCAAAGGUGUCCUCCUUACUGGAUCGUCUGCAAGUGGCUCGUAGUCAUCUGCUGCAGAGCUGGAGCGACAGGAAGCUCCAUUUAGACCAGGCUCUGCAGUUACACCUUUUUGAGCAGGAUGCCACCAAGAUGUCUGAGUGGAUCGCCCACAGUAAGGAGUUAUUCGUGCAGUCUCUAGUGGAGGUUGGUCAGAACCAUCAGCACGCCGUUGACUUGCAAACACAACAUCAGCACUUCACCUCAAAUGUGAUGAACGGUAGUGUGAAUGUGGACAGUGUCGUGACUGUGGCAGCCAGGCUUGCAGAAGCUGGUCACUUUGGGGCGGAGAGAAUUUCCACAGUGUCCUCAAAGCUUCAAGAAGACUGGAAAUCUCUGACCACCGCACUGGAGGAGCGUAGCAACACAUUAGCAAUGGCAACUGGCUUCCACCAAGGGGCAGAACAGUUUCUUCAGAAAGCAGAGGCGUGGCUUCAAACCUAUGCUGAGGCAUCACUGCCAUUAGUGACGACUGAGCUUGAAGAAGCUGUAAAAACACAUCAGGAGCUGAAUGAGGAGAUCUCUGCCAACUACACCCAGGUCAGCGAAAGCGGCAAAGCCUUGCUUGAGGUCCUAAACCGGAGUGUGGCGACAGACAACAACGAAUCAUCGUCUAAACCAGACUUCACUGCCACCACACACGGCAUCAUGGGAGUUCUGCACCAGGUCAUGCAGUGUCACCAUGACCUGGAGAAUGCAUGGCAACACCGCAAGCUUCGCCUCCACCAGCGCCUUCAGCUGUGUGUGUUUCAACAGGACGUCAGACAGGUAUUGGACUGGGUGGAGCAGCAUGGUGAGGUUUUCCUCAACAAGCACAGCGGUGUAGGGAAGUCUCUGCACCGAGCGCGAGCUCUUCAGAAACGGCACGAUGACUUUCAGCAAGUGGCUCAGAACACUUACACCAAUGCAGAGAAGCUUCUGGAAGCAGCUGACCAACUGGCUCAGUCUGGUGAGUGUGAGGAGGAGGAGAUCUACCAGGCGGCCCGUGACUUAGAGCUUCGCAUGCAGGCAUUCAUUCAGAAGGUGGAACAAAGGAAAAUGCUGCUAGACUUGGCUGUAUCCUUCUACACACACACCAAAGAGCUAUCGUCAUGGAUGGAAGGGCUACAGAAGCAGCUCUCCGCUGACCUCUGCAAUGGAUCUGAAUCCGUGGAAGCUCUGCAGACACUAAUGAACCAGCAACAACAGCAGCAGGCCAACACACAGGAGGCUGCAAUGAGUGUCAUCAGAGAAGGGGAAGACUUGAUACUACAACUCAGGCCCCAGGGCAGCUCAGUGGCCCAUGUUGAGUCAGUGCUUCAACAACUGGAGGAGUUCCACGUUCAACUGGAGGAAGUAUUCCAUCAGAGGAAGAUCCGAUUGGAUGUUUACCUGCAACUGCGUAUUCUACAACAGUGCAUCUUGGAGGUCACCGGAGAGAUGGAUGCCUGGAAGCAAGAGCUCCAGAAACAAUCCCAGGACCUCUCUUCUGAGAAGCGGCUCUCUGAACCUAACCAAGACAAGCAAACACUCGGGCCAUCACGACUAGCUGAAGCUAGCCCAGAGGCACUUUCAUUAGCACAGCAGCGAAUUCACAGGCACAUGGAAAGGCGGCUCGCUGUGAACAAUAUGACCUACGAGGUGGUUCAGCAAGGUCACGACCUUCAGCAGUACAUCACCGAGGUUCAGGCAACAGGAAUUGAGCUUUCAGAGGUGGAGGGUGAGCUCUCUUCUCAGGUGGAGGAGCUGCAACGCCUAAUGUUGGACAAACAGAAAGAACUGCAGCAAAUCGCAGAUCACACUCACACACACCUGGAACAGAAUCUCCAACUUAGACACCUACAGAACCAGGUUAAACAGGUGCUGGGUUGGAUCACGGAGGGUGAAGUCAUGUUGUCAUCCUGCAUGCUGAACUCCAGCUGUUUGUCGGAAGCUGAACAGCUGCAGAGAGAACAUGAGCGCCUCCAACAGGCCAUAGAGGGGCUCUUACAUGCUGACUCCUUGCAGAGGACCCACCAGGUAGCUCUGGCUCUACAGCAGAGAGCAGAGCUACUAGUCAGGUCAGGCCACUAUGAUCCAGAUGCUGUGAGGUCCUGCGCACAAACAGUGGCACUGCAUUGGCAGACCCUGAUGCUGCGGAUUGAGGACCGACUCAAGCUGGUCAAUGCUUCUGCCGCUUUCUACAGAACAUCACAACAAGUAUGCGGAGUGCUGGAGAGUCUAGAGCAGGAGUACCGUAGGGAGGAGGACUGGUGCGUGGGUGGGGAUAGACAGCCUGAACAUCUCUUGCCCCUCAUUAACAAACACAUGGAGCAGAAGGAGGCCUUUCUCAAGGCAUGCACACUCGCCAGACGGAAUGCGGAGGUUUUCCUCAAGUACAUCCACCGCAACAGUGUCACCAUGGCGAAUAUCUCUGGCCACAAUGUCAACGUGCCGGGGGUCACCGAAGUGACUGGGCAUUCGCGGGUACCGGAGCAACAGGUCAAAGGUAUCCUCAGUGAGUUGUUACAGAGAGAAAAUAGAGUUCUUCACUUUUGGACGUUAAAAAAGCGCCGACUGGACCAAUGUCAGCAAUAUGUCAUGUUCCAGAACCAUGCACAACAGGCUCUGGAUUGGUUGGCUCAGUCAGGGGACCAUUACCUGGCCACGCACACGUCACCAGGGGCUACAGGGGCAGAAACGCAAGAGUUGCUCAACCAACACCGACAGUUUUGCGUUUCGGCCAAACAUACCCAGGAAAAGGUUCACUUGCUCAUCCAACUGGCUGAGAGCAUGCUAACCAAAGGCCACGCUCACCGCAUAGAGCUUCGCCGAUGUGUUUCCGCCGUAGAUAAACGGUAUCGGGACUUCACUGUCAGGAUGGGCCAGUACCGCCAUUUGCUGGAGACGGCGUUGGGAGGCUGCCCACAGGACAACAAGGACUUGGAGCUGGAGCUAAUUCCCAACAGUCUGUCUGACUCAGAUCCUGAAGUCAAUCUAUCAGACCCCAGCCACCAGGUCAGCGAUGAAAAGAGACGCUCAGCCCGCAAGAAAGAGUACAUAAUGGCAGAGCUGCUUCAGACAGAGAGGGUCUACGUCCGAGACCUUCAAGAAUGCAUUGAGACAUACAUGUGGGAGAUGACGAGUGGCUCUGAAGAUGUCCCAUCUGGUCUUAGCAAUCGGGACGAUGUGGUGUUUGGGAACAUCCAGGAUAUAUACGAGUUCCAUAACAGCAUUUUCCUGAAGGAGCUGGAAAACUAUGAGCAGCUUCCGGAAGAUGUGGGACAUUGUUUUGUCACCUGGGCUGACAAGUUCCACAUGUACGUGACCUAUUGCAGGAAUAAGCCAGACUCCAGUCUACUGAUCCAACAGCAUGGUGCUGGCUUCUUUGAGGAGGUGCAGAGGAGACACGGGCUCACUAACUCCAUCUCAUCAGCGCUCAUCAAACCUGUUCAGAGGAUCACUAAGUACCAACUACUGCUAAAAGAGUUGUUGGCGUGUUGUGAAGAAGGAAAGGGCGAGAUUAAGGAAGGCCUGGACGUAAUGCUGAGUGUUCCCAAGAGAGCUAACGAUGCUAUGCAUGUUAGCAUGCUAGAAGGUCUCGAAGAGGGUCUAGAAGUGCAAGGUGAGCUCUUGCUGCAGGACUCCUUUCUCGUUUGGGAACCUAAGUCCCUCAUCAGGAAAGGGCGUGAUCGACACCUCUUCCUGUUUGAGCUGUCACUUAUCUUCAGCAAGGAAAUGAAAGAUUCAUCAGGACGGACCAAGUAUAUUUACAAGAGUCGCUUGAGGACAUCAGAACUUGGUGUGACGGAACACAUUGAAGGAGAUCCUUGUAAAUUUGCGCUUUGGGUUGGCAGGACGCCAACUUCGGACAACAAGACAGUUCUGAAGGCAUCAUCAUUGGAGCUGAAGCAGGAGUGGGUCCGCAGUAUUCGCCAGGUGAUCCAGGAGAGGCGGGGUCACCUUCGGGGAGCGCUGAGGGAGCCCAUCCCGCUUCCGAAAACCCCCAAUCUCACUCUUGGACGGCAACGCAGCAUGUCACGCAGAGAGACCAGCGAGGAUGCCGACAGCUUGGGUGACGCCAGCAGUCAGCCUGACACUGUCUCCAUCGCCUCCCGAACAUCCCAAAACACCGCAGACAGCGACAAGCUGUCGGGAGGCUGUGAGUUAGUGGUGGUGUUGCUGGAUUUCUCCUCUGGUUCACCUGGAGAGCUGAGUGUCCGCUGUGGUCAGACUGUUGAGCUAGUGGAACGCUCAGCUGAGAGACCCGGCUGGUGUUUGGUCCGAACAACCGAUCUAACUCCACAACAGGAGGGGUUGUUGCCGAUGAGCGCCCUCUGCCUGUCACAUUCUCAUAGUGCUGCCGACAUGGAAACACUGGUGCCGGCUUCUCCUGCCUCUUCGGGCAACGCCCCCUCCUGCAUCACCACUACCACCUCUUUCAGUGCCUCCAAUUCAUCGUCACUCACGAGCUCUGGGAAGGAUUCUGGACCAUUAACCCCUGAGACAGCUGCUCUACAUGUUCAACCCACUCAAAGUGGGACAACCACUGUGGUCUCCAGUCUGGGUGGAGCUCCAGCGGGUGCUGCCAGUUCACCAGCACCAAAACGUAGUGGCUCAGGGACAGGAAACACAUUAAAGCGCUGGUUGACCAGUCCCGUUAGGCGGCUGAGUCAAGGAAAAGCUGAUGGACAGAAGAAAGCUCCGAUCCGCAAUAGAAGGCGGGAUAACCGGACAGAAGUGACCAUGCCUCUCACGGGAAAUUCAACAAUGAAGGCAAAAAAGGAGGAUGCGGGACAAAGUGGAGGGGAGGAGGAGCCAGAGGAAGAAAGUCACACCCCUUUACCACCACCUAUGCAGAUAAUUAAAGAUCCCAACAACAGUGGGGCACUCGACUCUGACCAAAGUUCCAAUGAGUCGGAUAGUGAGCAGCAAAACAAAGCAAUGAGAGGGCGCAUGUUCGUAGUAAACGAGAUGAUUCAAUCGGAGAAGGACUACGUGAAGGACUUGGGAGUAAUUGUUGAGGGUUUUAUGUCAAGGUUGGAUGUCAGGGGGAUCCCAGAGGACAUGAGAGGAAAAGACAAGAUUGUAUUUGGCAACAUUCAACAGAUCUAUGACUGGCAUCGCGACUUCUUCCUGGUCGAGUUGGAGCGUUGCAUUCAAAACCACGACCUUCUGGCCGACCUCUUCAUCAGACAUGAGCGCCGCCUCCACAUGUAUGUGGUUUACUGUCAGAAUAAACCGCGGUCAGAGUACAUCGUCAUAGAGUACGAGACCUUCUUUGAGGAGAUCCAGCAUGAGAUCAGCUGCAGGAUGUCUAUCAGUGAUUACCUAAUCAAGCCCAUCCAGAGGAUCACCAAGUAUCAGCUCCUGCUGAAGGAUUUCCUAAAGUACACAGCCAAAGCUGGUUUGGACUGCGAAGAGAUCGAGAAAGCACUGGAGCUGAUGUCGCUGGUGCCGAAACGCUGCAAUGAUAUGAUGAACCUUGGCCGCCUGCAGGGUUACGAGGGUAAGCUGACCUCUCAGGGUAAGCUGCUGCAGCAGGAGACCUUCUGCGUGUGGGAGCAGGAUGGUGGUGUACUAUCUCGGAGCAAAGAACGCCGGGUUUUCCUGUUCGAGCAGAUCAUCAUCUUUAGCGAACUCCUGCGCAAAGGAUCCAGCAAUCCAGGAUAUCAAUUCAAGAACAGCAUCAAGGUGAGUUACCUGGCCAUGCAGGAGAACGUGGAGGGAGACCCCUGCAAGUUCAUGUUGUGGUCUCGCGGUUCGGCUGAGCGCUUCACGCUGCAAGCGUCCUCCACUGGCAUCAAAACCACCUGGGUGGAAAACAUCACCGCCCUGCUGGAUGCUCAGAAUAAUUUCCUGUCUGCACUCCAGUCUCCUAUCGAGUACCAGAAAAAGGAGGGCGGAAUAUCGGUGACCCGCCCACUGUCGUCGGGGAGGUCACCUUCAGCUCCACCCACACCUAACGGCCACGCCCCUCAGUCGUUGCCAGAUAGCGAUCAGGAUGUCCAGGUGGGAAUCAACACACCUACCAGUGCUUUAACAACUUUGGAAGGGCCACUGAAUGCAAAGGCACAGGAGUUGGUGCUAGUGCUUCAGGACUUUGUGGCCGUACGCGAAGACGAGAUCUGCGUCUUCCGGGGGGAGAAAGUUCAAAUUCUGGCCUCCAACCAACAGGGUCAGAGUCUGGUGUACCGCCCGGCCAACAGCGACUCGCCGGCGGCCGAAGGCUGGGUGGCACGCAGCGCACUCGACACACAAUGACAAACGCACAUGCACAUACUCAGACUCCCUGUAGCAGGUAAUGUUAGGCCCGCCCUCCUUCCUGUGGUUUCAGUGUAAAAACACACCGUCAGACAUCAUCCAUUCAGGACUGCCAUCCAAUUGGUCAGUGGAUCAAUCGCAGAAGACAUCACAAACUUUUGAAUCCGGGAACCUGCCGUUGCCUAGCAACUAGAGACGGUUUAAAAAAAAAAAAGAACCGGCAUUCCUUUAGAUGUCUCUGACUCUGCCUGUCAUGAUGAGGAUGCACAUAUACUGUACUGCAUACAUGCCACUGUUUGGAUGAAGGUAAUGAAGAUGCUCAAUAUGAAGAAUAAUAGAAUCUGUUUUUCACCUUAAUAGAGAAACUGUUUGUCAUAUUCCUGUGUGCGUGAGAGAAAGUGUGUAUGUGUCAGAGUGUGUCUUAGUGGCGCCUUCCUGUUUAGGUUUUGAUCCGCUGACUGUAGCAUUACCAUGUACACCAAAUUGUGUUGGCGGUAAAGCGUUCAUCUUGAUUUUGUCGGUUUGUCUGGGCAAAUCAGAAUAGACCUUUUCAACGCGACGUCACACGCACUUUUGGGUGGUCACUAGGAAGCAAACUCUUAAGACUGCACUGGAGAAGAGCAAGAAGUCAUUAGAGACCAACAGUUCAGAUGAUCAGUUGAGAUUAAAAUGACUUGGGCGGGGGGGUGGCGGAGGAAAAUGGUUAAAUGAUUUUCAUCGCCUUCUCCACACAAUUUAGAUUAAAUGUGCAAUGGCAUUGUGCCACCCGGAAGUAACCUGGCGCCUAUUGUUUACAAACUUUCUGAAAAGGUCUGUUGGCCAACGCCAUCAUUACCAUCCCAAACUGUGGUGGUGCUAGCCUGUUGACUUCAUACGUGCAGCUCUGCUCACUUUGGAUAUACUGAUUAUGCAUUUUUCCUUUGUGUUCAUCUAAAACAUUGUCUGUCCUGCUUCCUGACAGUCAUCUGGUCCACCGUCCCGCCUGGUGUCCUGUCCCACUUCCUGUUUCUCUGUCCGACUUCCUGUGUUUUACACUAAUGUUGCUCCCUGUACGACCUCCUCCCUGGCCAACUUCUCUUUCCUUUAUCCCAAAUUCCUGUUUCCUGUCACCUAGGUUUUCUUCUGGUGCCAUUCUCAGACAACACCCUCGUCCUUAAGGAACUAUGCAGCCUGAGAAAAUAGUGCUGGGUUUAAGUUGGAAUGUAGCGCUUCGAUUUUGGCAGGUUUACAGAGAUGCGUUGUGUAUGACUUGAGCUCAAUGUUGUGGGCCAUUACUAAGGAAUAAUGUUGCAAAAUGAGUUAUGUGUUUUCACUGCGUAUGAUGGGGCAUUUUAGAAAUAAUUCAAACACUAAACUUCCCUUGGGAGUGCACUCAUUGGCUGCCAUUGAUGACGAUAGAUGUCCGAUCACGUGGCUCGUAUAUCGCCUUCAAGGGCAGCCAAUGAGGUAAGUCGGAAUUGUUGAUAAUGAAAAGGAAAGGUCAUCACGUUCAAGUGUGAAUAUAAACACAACUCAAUACAAUUAAACAAUUUGAUGUUUCAAAAUAUUGGUUUUAGAUGGAAUUAUCAUGUAUGUCAUUGAACAAAACCUACUGUUAAUGCGGAGUUAAUUAUGACUCAACCCCUCAAUCAAACCCGUUUCACAAUUGGAAACGAUUAAGACCUUUUGUGAAUACCUCAUUUCUUCUCUUUCAUUCCAAGGGAAAGUUUCAAUUUUUGAAAUUUUUCUGAAUUGUUCAACCCUUUCGAGAAAUCAAAUCGACAAUACAGACCCUGAAAGCCAUAUAUGGGUACAUUACAGUCUGAGGCAGGGGUGGACAAAAUAUGGCCCUCUCUUCUUUAAUCUGGCCCACUGAGUGUUUACAUGAUCAAUGGCCUGGAAAUAUUUACAACUAGUUAUUGAUUUGGAUUUAUCAAAUGGAAUAAUUAUUUGAAGGGGUAUUUGCAAUUAAAAAAAAAAAAAAAAAAUCUUUCUUGGGAUUUGGUGGUUUCUAAUUAAAGGACAAGAUGGGGCCAGAUAGGGUUUGCGGGGGCAAAGGGGUGAGGUCAUUUUAAUCAUGCACGAUUUAAUCUUAGUUUUAACAAAUAUCAGUAUUUUUUUCAAUUGCAAACCCACCCACUCAAGAAUGCAUUAUUUCCAUUAUAAAUGGUCAAUUAUUUGAAAUAUGAUUGAUUUAUGAUUUUUUUUUUACCCCUUUGACGUAAUUUCCUGGUAUGUGUUUUGCUUUUU